AUGGCCCCUGUCUUAGUUAGACGUGAUCAACAAUGCCUUCUUGCAUGGGGAUCUUCAAGAAAAAAUCUACUUGAUACCUUCUCUGCGACGAUAGGGGGAGGAACACUUGGUUUGUCGCCUUCACAAGUCUCUGUACGGACUAAAGCAAGCAUCUCGUCAAUGCGAAAAUAUGCCUUAGAGAUCAUUAAAGAUGCAGGACUAUUAGGGGCAGCUCCAAUUGAUACUCCCAUGGAGCGUGGAUCGAAAUUGUCCGAUACAAGUGAUUUGCUCAAAGAUCCAUCUCGAUACAGGAGGUUGGUUGGGAGGUUGAUCUAUCUUACGGUAUCACGACCUGAUAUUACCUAUCCAGUCCAUGUUUUGAGCAGGUUCAUGCAUGAACCUAGAAAAUGUCAUAUGGAAAGUGCUCUUCGUGUUGUACGAUAUCUUAAUAAUGCACCUAGUCAAGGUCUAUUUUUUUCUUCAGAUAGUGAUUUCAGGUUGCGUGCUUAUUGUGAUUCAGAUUGGGCAGGUUGCCCGAUUACUAGAAGGUCCACUGCAGGCUACUGUGUUUUUCUUGGACCCUCUUUGGUUUCAUGGAGAUCAAAACGGCAGAAGACCGUUUCUCUCUUUUCAGCAGAGGCAGAAUAUAGAGCAAUGUCAGGGGCUUGCUGUGAAUUAACCUGGUUGGGGUUUCUUCUCCAGGAUUUGGGUGUAUUACAACCAAAACCUGCAGUAUUAUAUUGUGAUAAUAAAGCAGCGCUGCAUAUUGCUGCUAACCCUGUUUUCCAUGAAAGAACAAGGCACAUUGAAAUGGAUUGUCACUUCAUCAGAGAUAAAAUUCAAGAUGGUUAUGUUGUUACAAAUUUUGUGAAUUCUUCACAUCAGUUAGCCGAUGUUCUUACUAAACCAUUGGGAAAGGAAGUUUUCAUUCCUAUGAUUCGCAAGUUGGGAGUUCGUGACAUCCACUCUCCAACUUGA